CACCUAUCAACUUCCUUCCCGAGGUUGUGGGGAGCUUCUACGGAGACGCCGCCGUCACUUCCACUCUGGGCUCAAUCCGCAUCCUGUUGUUUGAAAGGUUGUCGCUAUGGUAGCUGAGCAGCACGCUAAGCAGAGCACGUUUUCGCAGCGGGAUGAAGUGGUCUUUGCGGCGAAGGAAUUUUCCCGGUCCUGCUAUAUGUGUGCACGCGACACCCGCGCGCGACAUUACUCAGAUGGCGCCCCGUAUUACUGAGGCUGUGAUGUCUCGCAGCAGAAUGAUCGGUGUUGGUGGCCUCAGAUCUUGAUUUUCGCGAGCGUUCCUUUUCCUUUCCACCCUGCCCUGGCUUCCUUCGCGCAUUCUCGACUCACGAUCUCACGGCCGCUGUCUGUUCCAAUGCGAUGCAGGUCAACUUCCUGGCGCCUUUUCAGGCAAUCCUGAGGCCCAAGAACCAAUUUGCUUUGUUCUUUGUCAGCUACUUUACCGCAAAGCUACUGCAUCUCGGAAGUCACGCAGGAUCAUUGCCAAUUCUUCUCUAUCUUCUCUACUUUCCUACAUUUCUGCUGCCAGACGUUCUCCUGCUUGUCAGCAGCAAGAUCCUUGUUUAUAAAUACAAUGGCGGUCAAGCAUCUACCGUCAGGAGAUCGAUCGGAGCCUUUCUUGCUCUUUUCACGGCAGGUUGUUCCGCCGCACAAAUAUCCUUCUUCGUCGAAACAGGCGGCGAAAUACAAUGGAUGGCAGCCAGUAGAGUCCUUGGGGGCAGCGGAGGCCUUGGCCUACUACUAUCCGGCUUGCCUGCGUUAAUCGUUGCGUUUGCAAUUUUGUAUAGCACUGCAUGGAUUAUCGCGCUAAGAUUCUACGAUACUGUCGAACAUGUGCUGGAUAACAUCGGCUGCUCAUUUCGACAGAGCUAUCAACUUACAAAAAAAGCGCCGAAGAAAACAGAAGCCGAAGAAUUGCUCAUCCCUCUCGAGGAACAGCCUUCAUCGCUCGGCACCCGUGAGCAGCGCGUUCCCAGCCGCGAUCCUGUCCUUGGAGCUCUCAACACACCUAAAGCCAUAGCUGUUACUUUUACGACUCUGACUUGCAGCAUUGUAGUUCUGUUUCUACAACUUGUCCGACCAAGAACACCACCAUACGCCCAUAUGUCUGGGUCACUUCCAGUGACACUCAUUGAGGCAGCUUUGUUCCAACCUAUAAAUUCCGAGUUUUGCUUGGCUCACCCUGUUGAGCGCGUAUUAUUUCCUUGGGACCGAUUCACGGAGUACUUUGGUCAACCUGAAUCGUUGGAUUGGAUGCCUCGUUCGCCGACAUGUAGCAGAGCAAACGGACCAGGACCUCCACCAUGGCUCAAGCAUCCAAGUUGUGAUGCUCCCAAUAGCUGCGCGCCGCCUGGGCCUCCCCCUCAUGGGCAUCAUUCACCUCCACCUCCACCUCCACCUCGGCAUGAAUAUCACGGCUCUCCUCCUCCAUUGCGUAAUCACCCGCCUCGUGGUGGGUCCCCUCCACCUCCCUCCCGGCUAUAUUCAGACAAUACACAAAACGAAUUUCGACCUGAUGGACCUCCGAGACAUCACCGACAUGGGUUUGGACCUGGAUACGAGCCUCUUUGCGACCCUCUGAAGCUGUCCAACCUCGAUGCUGACGUUUUCGAUGCUCUAGCGGAUGGCAUAAAAAUCAAAAAGCCCAAAAUCAAGAACGUGAUGCUGCUCACGCUCGAGAGUACGCGUAAAGAUAUGUUUCCGCUGAAGAAGAACAGCCAUGCUUACAAGACAAUUAUGUCAUCCUAUGUAUCUUCCAACGCAAGCGCGAAGCUCGACACAAAACUUAGGAAUCUCACCAACGUUGCCACGUUUUUGUCGGGGGAAUCCGACGGCUUUGGAACAGAAGACAAUGCUGUGGCUGAUGGUUCAUGGAGACAUGCAUUCAAGGAUGGUAUGGGUGGUAUAAAUGUUCAAGGAGCUAUCACACAAGCAGCAUACACCCUGAAGAGUCUUCUUAGCAGUCACUGUGGUGUAGAACCGUUGCCAGUGGACUUUACCGAGGAGACCAAAGGUCAGAUUUAUCAGUCUUGCUUGCCGCAGGUCCUACAGGCGAUGAGCUCCCAUGUGCGUAAAGAGCACCCGGAAGAACUACGGAGAAGUGACGAAAGUCAUGCAGACAACCAUCGAACGUGGCCUUGGGAGUCUGCUAUGGUCCAAUCGGUCACAGAUCAGUUUGACUCGCAAGACGUGUUGGACGAACAAAUGGGGUUUAGGAACGUCAUUGCGGAACGCGUGCUUUCGGACCCGACAUCGAGACACUACCCUCCGAAGCGGCCAUGGGUGAACUACUUCGGCUACCCUGAAACAGAAAGUCUCGACUACCUGCGCGACAUGUUCAUUGAUGCCCGACAACAGCGAAAGCGACUCUUCGUCUCCCACCUCACGAGCUCUCCGCACCACCCAUUCGCAACGCCUAAGGAUUGGGCCGGACACACCGAAUACUUAAGCAAACAGCGAUGGCGUCCUGAAGAUCCCUUAGAUGGGUAUUUGAAUACUAUCAAGUACCAGGACGAUUGGGUAUCGGACAUCUUCCAGAUGCUACACGACGUUGGCGCGCUCAACGAAACGCUCAUCAUCAUGACAGGAGACCACGGCCUCGCAUUCAACUCCCUGGAUAAGUCACAAUCUGCUGUGAACAACGGCCACAUUUCAAACUUCGCAAUCCCGCUUCUCUUUGUCCACCCGGACCUACCAAAGAUUCAGUUGAAGGCUUCGACGACCCCUUUAUCUGUCAUACCAACCGUUCUCGACCUCCUCCUGCAGACCGACUCUCUCCCGGAACUGGCUGCUGAGACGGCCAAAACAUUACUGCCAAAGUAUCAAGGCAACUCGUUAAUCCGCCAUCUGAACUACAGCGUCCUGACUGCAGAUGGCGGUGUUGGGAAGGCUUUCUUCCAGCCGUUCCACUUUUCCGCAAUCAACCCGGGCGGAUCUCUCCUGGCAAUCAGCGAAGCCUCCACAUCGUUUCGACUGGUGUUCCCUCUUUGCUCUAGCAUUCCCUUGCGCUUCACCGAUAUUGCGACAGAUCCCACUGAGGCGAAUCCGACAAUAGCGUGGACCAUGGACGAGCUGGUGUCGAUUAUCAAAGUCAAGCAUGGUGUAAAGGCGAAAGAGUGGGUGAAGUUGGCCCAAGAGCUCGGGCGUUGGUGGUUCUGGGAUCAGCACGGAAAAUGGGGCUAUUGGGGCAAUGCGCGAAGCACUGGCAGAGGCGGUGGGGAAGUUGCAGGGUCAGGACGCGUAAAGAAGAAGCAUUGGUGGGAAACAAGAAGAAUAUAACGAACGCGCAAGCAAAUGGUAUUAUGAACUCCGUCAUAGCUACCGGCUCUGAAAUAUUAUAUAUCAACUUAAC